AUGUCCCGGACCACACUCCUGCUCCCGCUCCUCACCCUCUACACAGGCUCUGUUGCCUCCUAUGAGCUGACACAGCCACCCUUGGUGUCAGUGUCCCCAGGACAGACAGCCAGGAUCUCCUUCUCUGGAGAUAUACUGAAGGAAAAUUAUGCUGACUGGUACCAGCAGAAGCCCGGCCAGGCCCCUGUGCUGGUGAUAUAUGAAGAUAGUAAGCGACCCUCUGGAAUCCCUGAGCGAUUCUCUGGGUCCACCUCAGGGGACACGACCACCCUGACCAUCAGCAGCACCCUGAGCGAAGACGAGGCUGACUAUUCCUGUUUUUCUGGGAAUGAGAACAAUCCCACAGUGACACAGGCAGAUGGAGCAGUAGAGCUGCACUCCCCACAGGCAGCUGGAGGAACUGACGAGGAGAAGCUGUUUGCAUCAGGACCUCAAAAAUUUGGCUCAGGAUUUUCCCAUGUCCCCUUCCCAAGUUCAGGCCCUUCCUUUCCUUGUCAAGUACACUCCCUGAAUUCUCUGCUUCUGGGUCAGCAAAGCUCUAGAACUUCAGGGAAAGCAGGGCUGAGUGACCCAGUGGGGCCCCAGAAAGCUGGCCCAGGACCAGACACACAGGCAGCAGGGGGGGUCCCCACAGGGCUGACUGGUGGGCAUCGGGGGAGUCACCACCAACCCAUCCUGGCCCUGUAUUUGUAUCCAGAACCAGUCAAAGCCACACGUGAGUCCCGCAUCCCUCAGUUCCAAGGCCCAAUCUCCCUUCAGGACCACCCACCACCCAGAGAGACGUGCAAGGAGCCUGAGAAAGAACCUGAAACCGCCACUAUUACAUGA